CCGUAUAGCUUACGUCGAACAAAACAUGUGUCAGUUUCUUUUAGCCUCUAUCUGUCAAAGGACCGUGAUACCAUGGUGACGCGUGUGAUUCUCAUCUUAUUCCUCUCUCCGUCGACGUCGGUGCUAUCUUUACGUCCAACGUUUUGCCAAAGCAACAAGAGGUUGACUUAACAUGGAAGGAGGAAAGAGAACUCCGUUGAGCACGCGAAAGAAACCAAAGAGGACAAACAUAAGACUUGUCAGGAAUGUCGUCGCCUACCUCAAAUCAGAUGCAUACUUGUUCGCUCCUCUGUUUUCCAAAAUUUCACCGCUCCCGCCGCAGAUACAGAUGCCUCCGCCGUCUCAUUCCGAAUCAUUGAAGACGGAGGUGGCGGUAAAGAAGAACAAGAAAAGACUGUCGGAGAAAGUGAAGGAAUAUCUAAACUCUGACUGUCAUAUGUACAGACCGAUGAUCUCGCUUCCGAAGCCUGGUUCUUCUCUUAAAGGGACUUUACAAAUUACGAACUUGGUUACGAUGGAAGUAUCAGCGAGUAGUGCAACCGUGAGGGAAGAUAACAACAACUAUAGGAAUCUCAGGUCUGACAUUGCAGAACACGCAAUGCACAACGGAAGGAUCAGCAUUCCAAAGCCAGCACUGGUCAUCUUAGAAGGAAAACGAACUUGACUAAGCCCUGAAACAGAUCUCUCACUAGCCUUUUCCUCUUUACAAGAGGAAAAAAUGGUGAAGCCUGAUCCAAGGAGAGUUCCAAUUGAGUAAAGUUAAUGUAGACAUAAUCGUCGAGCUUAUCAUUGUAAAAAUCCAUUUUAAUUAAUUGUAUAACAAUAAUUACAAGCGUUUUGAGAGAGAAGAAAGAAUUGGUUUUAUUGUGUGACUGGAAAGCGUGUCUUGUUGAUAAGCUUGUAGGAUAUGAUGUAUGAAUUAGGAUGACAAAGAUGUGUCUGUUGUCUGAACAUAUUGCCAUGUUACCUGUCUAGUCUUUGAUAAGUAGUUGUAUGUCGAGAAAACUGUUACAAUUCUGAAAUAGCUUGUAAUAUCCUUUUUGCUAACUCACCACUGGAAGUUUAAUUAAAAACAAAUCACUUCAGUUGUGUAAUUAAAAUUGGAAGUUUGAUCAACUAUAUAUGAUCUACCAAGCAAAUACUAAGUGGAACUUGUUUAUAUCUUACAGAUAUUUUGGUGUAGAAAGAGUGAUUACAAACUAAUGUUUUAAAAAAAAUUAAGGAGUUCUAAAAUAGUAGGAUCCAUAGUUUAUUUGCGAAUCCAUAGUUUAUUUGCGAAAAUGGUGAAAACUGAAAAGGACUGAAGCUGGAGAGGAGAAGGGGAAGGAGUUACAAACUUCUAAGUAAUAAUCGUGUGCACGUGAGGUUCAUUCAGUUUCUGUGUCCCACAUCGCAGACCCGUCCCCAUAUGACAUCUCAACACGCGCAUGCAAGAAAGCUUUAGACUAUAUGUAUACACGUUGGCAUGGUGUAUGUAAUUAUGUAUACAUUGUUCAUUAUUGCAAUCAUCUGUCAAAGUACAUCAUCUGUCAAUGUUACAAAGUCCCUAGUCUAGUUUUGAAAAUAAUGCAAAACUAGCAGACAGAGUAAUCAGAAUUUGAAAAGAUAGGACGAUUACUAUGAGAUGUAUGGAAAUACUAUUAAUCUGUAAAUGGGAUAUGUCUAUGAUAUGACACAGUCGUAUUGGAGCAUGCACAUGAGUCCCCGAGAAAAACGGAAACUAUUGUAUUAUUAAGGGCUAGAGAGAUAGAUACACGUGUAUGUGGACACUCACAAAAUCGUAAUCUCAUAGAUAAUUAAUUAAUUUUGUAAAUAUUAUUAUGAAUGUGAGUGAGCAAGAGAAGAGAGGAAACAACUCAGCGAAGAAAAAGACGUAAUGUGUCUUUUUAUAUGUAAAAUAGACAUGCAUGCAUGGGCUUCAUUGCAGAUACGGCCAUUUAUGAAUAUUGUCAUUAUUAAUAAUGUUAUUUUCUCUAUACAUCCAUCGACUGAUGUGGUGAUCUAAUUCAACCAAAUUAGUUAAUAUGUCUGAAAAUACAGCGGUUUUUGAUAGUGGCAUUUACUUAAGAUCUAGCCUCCGAGAUAUGUUUAGGUUUUAGUCGACGCGAGAAUAAUGAGUAGACCCUGGUCGAGGAAAUUUCUGAAAAUUUACCACAUAGAAAACAUCCAGACUCAAAGCCUUAGUGACCAACUUGUCACGCUUUUUUCUUUUUUGAAAAAAGUUGUCACGCAUUUGCGCACAAUAGAAUAGUAUAACUUAGGGAUUGUAACAGUUUAUACAUUUAGCAUGGUCGGUGUGGUCAUACGCUCUUAAUUACCACUAGUAUCUAUUUUUCAAAUGCUUUGUUGGUUCUUCUAAUAUCUGCCUUAGUUGUUUCUUAGGUAUGAGAUUUUAACUUUUAUGGAGAUUAAUUGUUUCAUGCAAGCUUUUCCCAUCUAUAAAGACAAUCUUAUCUUGUAAACAAUUUAUGUUUCUAAAAAAAUAAAAUUGAAAGCCCUUUAGUAAAAAAAAACAAUUUAUACAUUUAACCCUAGAUCGGAAACCUUUGUUCUAGAGAUACGCGGUCCUAUGUAAUAAAGUAUUACCAAUAAACACUUACACUACAAUGUCAUAAUAUAUACUCUUAUAUUUUAAUAUGAAUUUGGACGUUUAAAACUGUUAUUUCAUGAGAUUUAGCUCAGGGUCAGCACACAAAUUGAUUUUGAACAAAGGCCCCGCAUCCUUGAUUUUAAGAUGAUAAGAUCGAUAUUAAACUUACGUGUAGCUCUUUUAGUUCUUAUAAAUCGUGAUUUGAAGCCAUUUUCGGAUCGCUCCCAACAUACGACGAAUCAUUAAUUGAUGAAUAUUAGUGCAGCCACUUGUUGCGGAACUGUUCACAACCUAAUGUACCUCUAUACAUGGUGUCCUUUCAAAUUCUUAUAUAAUCAUAGAUAUCACUAGGGUUCGUACAUUGAAGAAAAGACGUCAAGUUUUUAUUGGUUAUGAAAAGAAAUCCCAUCUAGUCGGAUUAUUCGUCAUCGUUAUCCGCUAGUCGCUGUUGACUAGUGUUCUACAGUCUCUCUAUACGUACGAUACUAUUUUGAUGAGAAAUCGACCCAUACAACGUAGUUUGUUGUUGAAAUAGUAAUCAUCAAUAAUAUGAGGCUUUUUUGUAAGUAUUAGAAUUAUUUGUUGGUUGGCCUGUGGAGGCAAAGCGUAGAACGUGGACUCAUAGUCUUCCGAAUUUUGCUAUCCACUCAUGGAUGGGUUUUGGUCAAUACGGGUGUGUUCUCUGUCGUAUGUGCAUUACUAAUUAAUUACCCAUUAAUGUAACCGUGUAUUAUUGGAUCAACAGAGCAAAAACAAUAUCUAUACAAUAAGAAUUCAAAUGUUUGAAUUUUUUUUUUUUUCAAAAAAGAAUUCAAAUGUUUGCAAAACACAUCAUGUAGCUUCUUUAUCAAAAAGCACCAUGUAGCUUCCAUCACCAUUGUCCAUAUUAAAAACUUUCGAUGCCGUAGUUUAUAAUUUAAAAUAUGAUGAGACAUUUAUUUUGCUCUUGUGUGUUUAAGAGAAUCUUCUCAAGCUUAGUAAUUUUGAAGAUCUUGUGUAAUUGUUUUUAUUUAGCGGAAAAGGAAAAUAUGGUUAGAAAAACAUGAUUUUAAUUCACAUGGCGAAAAAAAUAAAUAUCAGCUUAAAAGCCUCUGUAAAUCUUAAUAGUGAACAUCAUUAUCGGUGAAACACUUUUUUGGAUUUCUAAAUUUUUUUUGGCUGAUUUUAAAAAAAUAAAAAUAAAAAGUGAACCAAUCGCGGACCGCCACGUGUCGGUGGACCCACGAACAGUUGACAAAACCCACCAUGAUCGUUUCUUCAUUCACGCUUUUUGCAACGGGUUUUGUAAUUUUUGUGGGAUCCAAGCUUUUAAAAACUCUUUUGGAACCUGCAAUAAUGGUGCUCUAAGUUUCUACAUACCCUUUCGACAAGAAAGAGAAAAACAUGAACUUCAAUUUACAGGCUAUUUGGAUAAUAUUUAUUGACAAAAUAGUUUUAAACUUUUAAGUUAUAUCAUCCGCGCUACUAUAAAUCCAUUACGAUUGUCAUUCACACGUGGGCUGAUUGACAUCAAGCGUGAGAGAGUCAUUCAUGUUUUUUUACGCAGAAAAGAGUUAUUCGUGUCUUCGUCCAACUUAUCUAUAAAAUCACAUCGUCUCUUGUUUAAUCCACAUAUCAUCUCUCUAACUAUCUCACCCACACUCUCUCUAGAUUUUCUUACGAUAGCGUAAUACGUACGAAGAAAACCGUUCGUGUGCAAAAGGAUGAGGUGUAGAGGGCUUCAAGUUCGGAGAAGAAAGAGAGUAAUGGUUAAUGUGAACUCAAGGAAGCUCAUGACCCGUCUCCGGCAGAUGGUUGCUCCGGAAACGAUUUAUUCAGGUGAAGUUGACGGUAACACACUUUACCGUCUCACGGCUGAUCACAUUUUGCUACUCCAAGCAAGAGUCCAACUUCUUCGUCGUAUUUCUUCUUUAUGUGGUCUUUAGAUCGAAGAUCCAUAACCAUAUAUUCACGUGGCUGAAAUAAACGAAGCAACGGUAUAAUCGUGGAACAAACGUCUAUUUUAUUAUAUAUUUUCUUAAUUUAGUGAUCUUGGUUACUCGUAAAUUAUGAUGUCUACUCUAUAAUUUGAUGUAAUUAUGUGGAUUUAUAUUUGUGUUGUAUUUUAUUGUGAA